GGAGCAUGACAAAGAUCCUGAAACUUUCUUUAAAGUCCUGCUGAAACUGAAAGAGCAAGACCUACCUUUUCACGUGUCCGUCCUUGGAGAGGCUUUCACUGAAGUUCCAGAUAUCUUUACAGAGGCCAAAAAAGCGUUGGGAUCUUCCGUCUUGCACUGGGGCUACUUACCCAGCAGAGAUGACUAUUUCCAGGCUCUGUGCAUGGCCGAUGUUGUCGUCUCGACAGCUAAACACGAAUUCUUUGGCGUGGCAAUGGUCGAAGCUGUGUAUUGCGGCUGUUACCCGCUGUGUCCCAAAGCCUUGGUGUACCCGGAGAUAUUUCCAGCUGAAUAUCUGUAUUCUACACCUGAACAGCUUUUUAAAAGGCUUCAGAAUUUCUGCAAGAGACCAGAUACUGUAAGGAAACAUCUCUAUAAGGGCGAGACGGCUGGGUUUUCUUGGGCAGCGCUCGGCGGUAAAUUCAGGUCUCUGCUCGCAGCAGAACCGAGGGAAGAUUUGUGACAGAUGGGGCUAAGUCACAAACUUGCAGCCUCAGGCAGAAUUGUGGAAGUUUCCAGAGUGUGCCCAUAUUUACCUGAUCAGAGAGAAAAGAAAAUCUGCAGAGGAAGCCGAGCCUGGCUGCUUGUCAUAGCUGACACAGAGCCAUCUGCCACAAACCUGUGGCGGCUUCAGAUCUCCAAUCCCUGCCACCACCCCAGCUCAAAUUAAAUACAGAUUCUUAGAGACGUUAUGAUGGUUACACAUGUCCUCGGCAUCACAUGCAGGAGACUGUUCAAAAAAAAUAUGUGGCCUGUUGUAUAACCGCACUCAUGUAUCCCAUAUGUGGUGCCACAUUGAAUUUCCGGUUGAAUCUGUUUUUAUCCUUUGUACUGGAUGACAUGGUGCCUGAAUUCUUUCUUUUCGCCGACACGAUGGCAGCCAAGCUGCAGCUUCAAACGCUCACACUUGGCUGAGUUUCUACCUAGGUUGCCAGGUUAUCAUUGGAGCCUUAUUGUGUCCUCAAAGGGCCACAGGGCCUGAAAGGAGGAUCCGAACGCUGCCGGACUAAUUGGGCAGCCAUCUCCGGGUUGUUUGGAGGCAAAGGGCUGCUUUAGCACUUUUUUUUUUCUUUUUUUUUCUUUUUUUUUUUUUCAAAUUAAUGACUCUCUGGCACGGGGGUUUUUAAGUGAAGGUAUUAAUAAGGGGUCUGGCAGGUAAUCCCAUGAUUCGCGGAGUUACAUUUGCAUUUAAUUAAUCUUAAAGAAAGCUGAAAGAUAAACAGCUGUAAUUCAAACUAGCAUGGGAAAUAUGCUACAUGGUGCCAUCUAUCCGAUAAAAUGAAAGCCGAGACACUUGUUUUAUUUCUCUCAAGGAUGGAGAACAAACAGAUAACAGUCAAAAUACUUCCAAUAAAAACCAGUAGUUUAAAUGUAACGGCAGUUCAUCAAGAAUCUUCGCAUCCCGUUACAAAUACAGUCUUUUAAAGAUAAAUCACUUAUGAUUCCAGCAGUCAAGCUGCUAUAUUUGUUGAUGUAAAAUGUUUUGAAGAUGUAGAUUGUACAAUAAAUUUUUAAUAAAGUGCCCACUGCAAUUUUUAA